AUUGGAAACAACCACACAGCAAUCAACAUCGAGUCAACGGCGGCACCCUCAGCAACAUGAAUGGGAUGAAAAUGUCCACACAUUUGAUCUCAAUGCUAACACACCAGCCACCAGAGUUUCUCAGUACACUCCCCGCAUUGCUUGGCCUGGUGAACUUCCCACCACUCAUAUUACAUCCUCCUCAGCAACAAUACCUGAAAUUCCAGAUAAUAUUCAUAAUCACUCUGUCAAUGCUCUCAUAAAUGAGGAAAUCAGUGAUCAUGAUGAUUUCCAAGCUGUUUCAAUACAAGAUAUUUCAACAAUCUCCUCUAUGGAAGCAUCCAGCUUCAAGGCAUUUGAUGGAUCAGAUACAAUGUCAGGUAUCGAGUAUGAUCACACUGUUGAUCUUGACACAAGACAACGCAGGCCAAAACGUUCAAUGGUAGACAAAGUCAAGCUUGUCUUACAUUCUCUGCGUGAUGCACAUUUAUCCCCAACAGAGUUUAUUUCAAACCUUUACAAUUCCAAGUAUCAGGAAUUUGAUUUCUACAAACAGAAGCUGUUUGAAGAUGGAAACCACAAGCACUUGCAUCAAUUAUUAGAUAGUUUAUGGGCUGAUCCUAGAGGCCAAAACAUUCUUAAAAGUUGGAUGCAUACACCAGCUAUAGAGUAUAGUGCUGCAUGUGUGUCUAGAGAGUUUGAAGCUGUUAAGCCACAUUUGCAGAUGUACUCUCAGAGUGUUUCAGCAAACUAUAUGCAGUCUUGGAGCUUGGAGAGAAUAGUGGAACCAUUGUUAAUGACACAUUUACCUGUAUGGUCCCAUAUCUUGAGAUCAGCCUCAGAAACCAAGGAGAGUCAGGAUUCAGGUGGACUGAAAUCUCACCAGAGGAAUAUGGUAGCUCAAGUUGCACAUACACGUUCACAAGCUUGUGCAAAAAUUCAGCUAGGUCUAGGCAUGUAUGCAUGGGCCACUGGAGCUUCAAAGUCUCUCUUAGAGGUUAUGCACCGUGCAAGUUUGACACCAUCAUAUACAACUAUUGGGAAAACCUGGGAACAUGUAGGGAAUACAUCAAUACAAACAGCAAUCCUAGUUGCCAAUGAAUAUCCUACUGCAGAUGCUUGGGAUAAUGUGAACUUGUCAACAUCCGGAUUUGUUGAGCAAAGGCCAGAUGCACCCUCUAGAGUGCAAUCUGGUACACUUCCAGUGAUAUAUAAGUUGCACAAUGCUGCUUGGGAAGAUAUGCUAUUGAAACCAAUGACUGAUAAGCUCAAAGCUUCUUCAAAUCUCAUGGAGGCAGAUAUUGCACCUACUGAAGAUCAGCUUGAAUCAUAUAUGCAUCAAGCCUGCAUUAAUAUCAUAGAGCCACUUACCAAGUAUAUUGAGGGCUUCAACAAUGAUAAAUAUAAAAGGAGCUCUACCCUUCAACACAAGGAAAGAAGGCCUCUUCCACGUGGUUUGAAAACUGAUUUUUAUCCACUCCGGUUGAAUCAACAUGAGGAGGCUUCAGUCAAUGGGAAUUUGCUUGUACAGGAUGAUAUUCAUUUGAAUCAAUUGAAGCAAGAAGAUGACACUAAUCCAUGGACAAGGAGAGAGAUCUAUCAAAAUGGAAUGGGAAUACUACAUUUUCUUAUGAAUCUUGUAUGGGUAGUGCUACACACAUAUAGAGGUGAAGUUCAGCAAAUUGGGAGUUUGAGAAACUUCUUUGUGAAGCUAGAAAAAAAACGUUUAGAUGGUGAUAAACCUGAUUAUUACACACUUUUAUCUGCUUUUGAUCAGAUUCUUGAUGGCUUGCUGCUGCAUGCUUGGCAAAAACAGUGUGGGUUUCCAAAUUUGACACAAUUUGCAACUUCCCAACCAUCUCCAGAAUGUUUAUUAAAAAUUGCAGCAAGAAUUCUUCAGGCAUAUGCAAGUCCAAUGGAGGAGCCAUUGCAAGAAAUGGAUGAGGGCAGUGAGGAUAGUAAUGACUCUGAUAGUGUUUCACCUGAAUUUGACCCAGUGUUGCGCAAUGUACAACUCCUUAUCCGUGAUCUCCUAUAUGUACGAGAAAUUGUGCAGGCAACAUCGGCAGGAGAUUUUGGUCGGAUUGAAGAUUUGUUUCCUGAUAUGCUCCGGAUAUUUAGAGGGGCUGGAUCAAAUAACUACUCUACUGAAAUACUACAUUGGAUACACCGAGUCAAAAAUAUGUGGACUCCUGCAUUUGCC